AGGGCAUUUGUGUGAACUAACACAUUCAGAUCUUCCAAGAGUGAGGAGAGUAUAGUAAAAUUAGCAGAGGGUGAGAUCAGAAGAUUUACUAAUUUAAUACAUGAGUAAUAAUUUAAUUAUUGGGAAGUGUAAAAUUAAAUGCAGGCAUCAUAUGUCUUUAAAAAAUAAAAAAUAAAAACAAUUCCCAAAAUCGUAAUGAUAAUAAUUUAUAUGCCAGUGAUUCAGACACCGACCUUAUUCAAUCGUAAGAAUCUGCCCUCUUAAUUUAAAGAGAGAUCGUCAGAAUGCCAGAAUAACCCACAUCUUCAGUAUAGUAGACACUGUUAAACAUGGGCAUAUUAGUACUUUCAUAUAUAAAGGUGUGGCCCUACUAUAUAAUCACUGUCCAAAAGGAGUGAUUAGGCAAAUGCUAAUUACUAAACAAAGCAUUAAUAAUCAUGGCUUAAGAAAAUAUUGCUUUUUUAUUUUAUUUAGACAAGAAUAGUGGCUUUGCAGUUUUAUGUCUCUCAGUGCAACUCUUUCUGAUGCGAGAGAGAGAGAGAGAGUUCACUCUUUACUCACAGAGCUACUUGCCCACUUCUUCUUCUUCUUUUUUUUUUUUUUAUUUACUUUGUCUUUAUAACUAAGGCAUGCAUUUUCCCUCUUACAUGACUCACUUUUUGUGUUUAUAAUUAUGCUUUACUGCUAUAGGUCCACUUCUUGUUUUUAUUUUUGCUUUACCUUGUACUUCUCUUGAUUCUUGGAUGGUCCAAGUACUCUUUGGCUCAUUGCUGACUGCUCUUCUUUAAAACGGGUUGUUGGUUUUCUCUCUUUCUUUUAUAGAUUCAUAGCUUAACAACAGACUUGCAGCUCAAGAGAUUUGAUGGCUUAUAGUUACAGCUUGUUGGGUUUAUCUUUGAGUUCACUUCUUUGAGAUCUAGUGGGAGUUGCGGAUCUAUCGAUGGGGCUAGAUAUGGAGCUGGAUUUUGAGAAGAAAUGCACCUCAGAUCAGAGUCCUAACACUGUUCUUCCUUGUCGAAAGUUUUCCAAUGUUGAAAAGAGAAGAACAAACAAUAAACCUCCACGUAAAGAUAAUUUAUUGACAGCAAAGGAAGCUUUCAUGGAGAUAAGCUUUGGUCGAUAUCGUAGUUCCUCUUGCAAGACUACAUCUAGACAUGUUGGUCUAGAAGGUAACACGGAGCUGAAGCGAGGUUCCAUUUAUCAAAAUUCUAGAGAGGUAAGGAAAAUGAAGAAAAUGGGCAUUGACGAGGAAAGGAAGAAAAUUGAAUUGUCACAGGAUAGUGACACUACCUUCUCCUUUAACAUUGUUGACUCUUUGUGUAGUUCAAAUGAAGAGAACUCACAAAAGAGAUCUUCUGCACUGUGUUUGAACUCAAAUUUGAAUCCAGAAUCCACUAGGAAGCCUUGCACAGAAUCAAGCUUGUCAGAUGACUUCUUUGAAAUUUGUCCCAAUUUGGAUAAGAGGGAGAAACAAUUGGCUGGAACUGUAAGAAGAGAUUCUAUUGAGAAUCCAACCUUAAGGAGCGAGCAGGUUGUUGGUCCUACAAAUGAUGCUAAUGAUCUUCUUGAUAAAGAUAUUGCUUUGACAUUUCAUAGAUCACAUUCUGUUAAGGUAGAAAUGCCCUAUUCACCAUCUCCUUCAGAAAGUGAUUGCUCCUCCAAAGCCAGCUCAAAGUCUCGGUUUAGCCCCAUCAAAAAGAUGUUUGAUCCAUUUAUGAAAUCCAAGUCCCUACGGAGUCCUUUGGGGUUUAAAGCAGAGCCUCGGGAUGUCAAGAUAACUGAGAUGUCAAACAUUAGAAAGAAUCAGAUAUUGAGGAAAUCUGUGUUGAAUGACUUCUCACAUACAACUGGGAAAUCAGACAUCGAUUCUCUGCUUGUAAGGAAAGAUCACCAUAAUUUGGCUGCAGCAUGUUCACCAGUUCACCUACAUGGUUGUCUCAAAUUGGACAAUAAACAUGGCAUUCCACAUUUUGAGUUCUCGUUGGAGUGCCCAGAAGAAGUUCUUGUUGCAAAGACAUGGAAAGCAAAUAAUGCUUUUAAUUGGGUUUACACAUUUCACUCUAUUAGCAGUAGAAAGAAGAGUAAUGCCAGUGGCUGGGGGCUGAUUGAUGGCAACAAGGAUUCGUUGGUAGUGGGACAGAUGGAAGUUUCAUGCUAUUUAUGCUCAGAAUUAAAAGAUGUUGGGGAGUUUGACAACUCUAUGGUGACAGAAUUUGUGUUGUAUGAUAUUGCACAUGCAAGACAAAGUGUUUCUACACAAGAUCCGGCUGAUAUCAUUGAGCCUCCCAGUGAUUUUAAACCAGGCUCAUUUUGUGAAACUCAGAAGUUAAACAAUGGCUCUGAACCAAUAAAACUCAAACAUCAUUCAAAACGUGCUUUUGACACUGGCAAUAUUGAUUCUUCAAAUCCUUACCCAUGGCCAUCUGCAGUUUUACAUGCAGACCUUGAGAUUGCAGCCAUUGUUGUUCAACUUCCAUUUGCAAAGAGAGAGAGCCUGAAAUACAAAAGAGGGGAUAAGUCCAGUGAUAAAGCGCAUCGAAAUCUACUUAACAAUUCUAUGAAUGAGCACGGAAGAAAAGGAGGCUUCACAAGUAGAGAAAGUCCAGAAAAGUUGAAGGUGGUAAUACCAACUGGGAAUCACAGUUUGCCAAUUGAUGAAAAUCAGGGCCCUUCUUCAUUACUAAAUAGAUGGAGAUCCGGUGGAGGCUGUGAUUGUGGCGGAUGGGAUAUGGCCUGUCCACUUACUGUGUUUGGAAGUCCUAGCAUCAACUGUGCUGAAGAUGUACUCCUCAUAGAUAAUCAACAGCCUUUGGAGCUUUUCGUUCAGGGAACAAAACAGAAAAUCCCAGCAUUGACCAUGAGAAUUGUUGAAGAGGGAAAAUAUGCAGUUGAUUUCCAUGCACAGCUGUCCACGUUACAAGCAUUUUCCAUCUGUGUUGCCAUAUUGCAUGGUGCAGAAGCCUCCAGUUCCACUGGGGAGGAAAAAAGCAAGCAGUUGCCACAUUGCAAUUCACUGAAAGUGCUUAUUGAGGAGGAAGUGCAAUUUCUAAUUGAAGCAGUCACUAAGGAGGAGGAGAAGAAAAAGAAAGUCUCCAAAAAGAUGGAAGAUAUCAAGAAAUCCUAUGUGCUUAAUCCUCCCUUUUCUCCAAUUGCUCGUGUAUAGACUCAACCAGAUUGCUUGAUAAUGCAAUGGCCCUUUCCAAGAAACCCAUAUUUCCUGGGGUGAUAUUCAUCUAAAAGAGCUUAGGACUACAGUACUGCAGUUUCUUGCCUAGGGUGGCUAGAUCAGGAGGAGUCUAAAUUCCAAUGCAGCCUUCAGUAGCUUAAAUGGUUGCGCUGAAUAUUUGACAUUAGCCAUUUCUUCUGCUGCUAUAGGGUUACUGCAUACGAAGGUGACAAAUUAAGUCCUUAGAUGUACAAGUUGAUUUGUUCUUCCAUUCUACGAUUAGAAUAGAAUAGAAUAGAAUAGAAACUCAUACUGUUCAUAUUGUAACUUGAUAGCGAGAGAAAAAGUACCAAUUCAAUUGUUUAAGAGAUAGGGGUCUUCAUACAUUUUUGUAACAUAUAUGGGUAUAAGGGUGGCUAUGGGGAAGUAGAUCCUGGAUUUGGUGGUCAGAUCAGAAGCUCGCAUUACUAUUAUAUUUUGAGCUAGGAAUCAGAAAUUUUGUCGAAAACUUGUGUUUCUCCAAAAAUAAUAAUACAGUGGUUUAUCUCUUGUCAUGCA